AGAAUAUUCUUACGAUUCGGCAAAUAGAAUCGCGUAGAUAUUUAUCUUUAGCUUUAAUUUAUUCUGUCCUUUAUUUUGUAAUAGGAGAAUAAAACAUUUUCAAUGUUCUAAAAUACCGCAAAAUACAAACAUACCUUAUUUUUCACGUAUGGAAUAAAAGAGAAAAAUGUAUAAAAGUAAUUCAGGUGUAAUACAGUCGCGGCGAAAUUAAUCACGCGAUUUCCGAUUUCUUUUGCAGACGCUACUCGCGUUAAUUAUUUCUCGAAAUAUUUCGAGAUAUUUUCGUAUAUUUUCGCACUCAUUCAUUCUUUGCAGUAGAGUUUGCUUUUUGUAAAAUGAGUACUCUUAUGAGUACUUUUUGUAAAAUAAGGGGGUUUGCAAGGGGAGUUAGUAUACUUGAGGCAUAGCAUUGCGACAAAUCGAAAGUAAUGCUUAUAUGGCGAACGCAACAUAAGUAUCAUUUUGCACUGAGAGGUAGUAGAUUUACUAUUUCCAACGUCGUCUUACAUUUUCGUUUUCGCUUUAAUAAAGGAAAGUUUGCACAUUGCGAUUAACGUCGAAAGUCCCGUACAAAGUGUCGCGCGGCAAUAAAAUUCGCAUUAGGGGUACCGUACGAAGUAUCAUGCAAUCUUAAUAAUACCGCGAUAAAAUUCGCGGCGGGAGUGUCGUACAAAGUGACGCGCGAUAAUUAAUUUCGUUCGUUUGCGAGUGAUUAUUGUGCCAAGACGGCCACAUCGAUGGACCACUGAGAGGAGGAGGAGGUCUAGGAGGCAUCGAGCACCGGCGGAGCAACUUUAAGAUCGGCGUAGACUACAACUCCGCUGUUGUUCAUCGCGUGCCGAUAAACUGUUACCACUUUUGCUUCAAAUCGUCAUAUUCGUUUCGCCGUAACUUUAUAAUUUAACAAAACGCGCGUCGGGAGUGCCGUAAUAAUUUCGUGCGAGUACGCCGAUAUUCUAGCGAAUCGUAAGACGAACGCAUUCCGCUCAAUGAUAAUACAUAAAUAUUGGAACACGGUCGAACCUCUUUCGAGAGGAGGUUUCUUCUCGACUUUUAAGUUCCGUUCAGGGACCCUUCAGUGUCAGACGUGCCAACAUAUGAUGCAUGAUGCAUGUUGCUUUUUGUAUGCUCAAAAAAGCAUGAAGUUACUAAUAGCAUGACGGUAACUUCUAAAUCAUAUGAUCCACGGCACAGAAGUCAGCAUGUUUUGACUUGAGUCCGUUGGUAUUGACAUCAAAAUGCUGCUGGGAUACCCGGUAUCCGAUUGACCCGAUAAUAAAUCAAACCUUUCCUUCUCCGGCCUCUAUUUUGAGAUAAUCGUGCUCCAAUUGGUAAAUGCGGUCGUCUGAAACGUAGACGGAAUUCACGCGUAACGUCGCAUCUUGAACAAUUCGGUUCGAUUCGCCUGCGACGUCGGAAGUACCGUUUAAAGUGUCGCGCGAUCUUCAUAUUCAAGUACGCGCACGAGCAAGGUGCGCAUCGCGAACGCGUGUGAGUUAGUGCCUCGAAGGACUGCAGAGAGGAGGAGGCCUAGGAGGCAUCGGGCAACAACAGAGCAGCGAUGCGAUCAAGGUGUAUCCACGACAAGUGAAAGAGCAAAACGGUUACUAGAAAAAGGAAAGAGUAAAAUAUGCAGCGCCGGCGCGUCGAUCGGAUCCGGAAGCGAGGGUCGAGCGAUACAACAACAGCGAUUACACGCGUCCGCGACGUUGCUGCAUACUGAGCGUCCGGUUGAAGUACGACAAUGACGAGAGCAUAUAGCCGUCGACAUCUCGUCACGUUACUCUUGCUGUUGCAAACCGCCUCGAGGUACGGCCACGCGAUUCAUGCGGUUUCCGCGGAAUCGACGCACGCGGCCGACCUGUCGCCGUCGUCCGCGUCCGUUCCGUCCGGUCUGUCCGGCCCGGAUUACACCGGGCCGUCCGCGGGUUCGGACGAAUGCGAUCCCGAGAUGGUCGGCUUCGAGCUAGUAACCGGCUACGUGUACACCGCGCCCACGAACAUGCUCGAGUCCAUACCGGGCACGUUGAUGCUCACUGACUGCCUCGAGACCUGUCAGGCAAACGACUCCUGCCAGGCGGUCAACUACGAGACGGGCCUUUGCGUCCUAUUCAGCUCUAACGCCGACAGCAAUCCAGGCGCGCUGUCGCAAUCUCAGUUCCCCGUGUUCACGAUCUACGCCCAGAAGAGCUGCCUGGCGGUGAAGCCCUGCGAACGCGCUUGGUGCAUCGACAGAGUGCAGGGACACCGCCUUCAGGGUCACGCACGCAGGACCAUGACCGCCUCCUCGAGGCAGCACUGCCUCGAGCUGUGCCUCGGCGAGCGAGACUUCCUGUGCCGAUCUGCCAAUUACAUCAACGCUACCAAGCAGUGCGAACUUUCGGAUAUGGACAGGCUGACUGUUGCCGGCUCGAGCGCCUUCCAGACAGCGAAGGGGGUGGAUUAUUUGGAAAACCAUUGCGUAGAAGAGCCCGUGAAACUUUGCGAAUUUAAGAAGCUGAGCGGUCGUAUACUGAAGACUGUUGACUCCGUUUACCAGGAUGUCGGAACGUCCGACGAAUGUCGUGAGUUGUGCCUGAACUCGCCGUUCCGCUGCCAUUCUUACGAUUAUGGCGAUACUGGCGACAUGGUAUGCCGUCUCAGUCAUCAUUCCCGCGCCACUCUCUCCGAUAUUCAGGAACCGUAUCUCGAUGUGUCGGAAGCGGCGACGUACGAACUCAGCUCCUGCUACAACGUGACCAUUGAUUGUCGUGCCGGCGAUAUGGUGACCAGAAUUCAAACGAGCAAGCUGUUCUACGGCAAGGUAUACGCGAAGGGUUCACCCAACUCGUGCGUGCAGGAUAUCAAGGGCGCGCUCGAGUUCGAGCUUCGCAUGGCGUACGACGAUCUCGAGUGUAACAUAAGACAGCAGGGUCUCGGCCGUUACUUGAACGACGUAGUGAUCCAGCACCACGACACCAUCGUCACCAGUUCCGAUCUCGGCCUGGCUGUGACUUGCCAGUACGAUCUCACCAACAAGACCGUGUCGAAUGAAGUGGAUCUCGGUGUGCACGGCGACAUCACGCCGGCUCUAUCGGAGGAGGUAAUCGUCGACUCGCCGAACGUCGCCAUGAAGAUUACCGAUCGCAGCGGCAACGAUGCGAUCCCGUCCGCCGAAGUCGGUGAUCCUUUGGCGCUCAAAUUCGAGAUACUCGAUCCCAACAGCCCGUACGAGAUCUUUGUACGCGAGCUAGUCGCCAUGGACGGUGUCGACUCCAGCGAAAUCGUCCUCAUCGACUCCGACGGCUGCCCGACCGAUCACGUUAUCAUGGGACCGCUUUACAAAUCGGCUACCACCGGCAAGAUACUGCUGUCGCACUUCGACGCCUUCAAGUUCCCGAGCUCGGAAGUGGUGCAGUUCCGCGCCCUGGUCACUCCGUGCAUGCCGGCCUGCGAGCCCGUGCAGUGCGAUCAGGAAGAAACGACCGGCGAGCUGCGCUCGGUGAUCUCCUUCGGCAGACGUCGCCGUCGCCGUCGCUCCACCACUUCCCAGAGCCGCGAGGAUCUUCUCUUAGUGCAGUCGAUUCAAAUCACCGACAAAUUCGGCUUCGAGCGCGACGGUAAGUCACCAAACGCUAGCUCCGCGACGAGGGACACCGUUUUCGUCGAGAGCGAGGACAUAUCGUCGACGUUGGGCGUGUGCAUCAAUCUGGGCGAGGCCAUCGUGGCCGGAACCGUCUUCCUCGUCGCACAGAUCGCUAUCAUCGCGGCAUGGACCUUCACCUGGCAACGACGCCGACAGAUGCUGAAGCAUCAGGAAGCGCUCUCGGUCUCCGUGUCCGUGCCCGGAAUGCAUUCCGUGCCCGGACGUACCGACAGCCUCUGCAAGCUGUACGACGCCGGUUAUUCCGCGCGCCGUUUCUGAACGACUCUUCCCACCCGCCCCACACGGUAUCGUUGAAUCUCGUCUUCCUGCGUAAAAAAAACGCUAUCACGAAUCUUCGGCUGACUUCAUACGGACGUGAGUUUUCAAACGACCCUCCCCCGGGGGAGGAUCGCGCGCGUGUCACGAUUCUCGAAGCGAUCAGCAGACAAC